ACGAUGGAAAAGAAGAGGAUAGAAGCUUCCAUGGCAGAGGUAGAUUGGUCUGAACUUCCAACUGAUCUUGUCAAUCUGAUAUCGCAACUAUUCGAUAAAGAUCUCGAUCUCAUUAGCUUUCGAUCGGUUUGUUCCAUGUGGCGCCGAUCUUCCAUCUCAAAUCACCACCAUCAGAUUUUACCCUUCAAAUUACCAAGUUUUUCCACGAGAUCCCUCUCUAAACACGUCCUCUUCCUCAUCAAACCACCACCAGCACAACAACAAGAACAAGAAAUCCCCCUCCGUCCUUGGUUGAUUAGAAUUACCAAAAACUCACGCGGAGAAACACAACUCUUCCACCCACUCCGUCCACAAUUCUCAUCUUCUCCUUAUGACUUCCUUACGUGCUUGACUUCAACAAAUUGUCUGACGUCGUGGCGAAGAAAGGUUGCUGCUGUCACAUGCCAUGGAAAUAAACCUGUUGCUCUGUGCGAAUUACAUAGUAACGGAUGGGAGCUGAUGCCCCGCAUGUCAACACACUUUGUAGACAUAUGUGUUUUUAAAGAGCUGUUUUAUAUAGUCAAUAAAAUUGGUCGGACAUUUGCUUAUGGAGCAGCGGACUUUAGUGUGCAACAAGUGGCUAAACAUGUUGAUGGAGGGGACAUAAAAUUCCUGGUAGAGAGUGAAGGUGAGUUGUUGCUAGUGGACAUCUAUGACUCUCAUGGUUUUGGGUUCCCGGGUGAAGAUGGUCUACGGCUUGAUGUGUUCACGCUCAAUGAGAAGCAUAAGAAAUGGGUAAAGUUAACGAGUUUAGGGAAUAGAAUUUUGUUCUUGGGGAAUGAAUAUUCAUUUUCUACUACUGCUUCGGAUUUGUCUAUUGCCAAAGGGAAUUGUGUAAUCUUCACUUGUGAAUCCUUCAACUAUUUUGACGAUAUGCUUUGUGGGAUGUGUGUUUUUCACUUGGAUCAACGCAGAGUUUCCCCUUUGUCCGAUUAUCCUGAUCACUCCAACUUGUUCUGGCCACCUCCUGACUGGAUCCUUAAAAUGCUGCAGCAUUCAUAAAAAGAUUAUCUU